UCUCGGGGAAGGUGGGGGUGAUCGCGAGGUGACAUCUGCGGAGUUAUGGCCACUGCACAAGCUGCCAAGCCACAAAGAACCAUUGUUGUCUGUGGUAUUCCAGAUGGCCGCCUAGAGGAUGACGUCAUGGCUGAUAUACUAAUGAUCCAUUUUCAGAAGUCAAAGAAUAAAGGUGGAGAUGUGGAAGACAUAGUCUAUCCUACACCAACCAAAGGAGUUGCAUACAUAACAUUUGAAGACAAGCAAGUUGCAGAGAAUGUCGUUGCAAAAGCUGAACACAGCCUACAGGACAAGAGGCUGCCUAUGGACUAUCCUCUGAAAGUAUCUUUGUAUAGAGAAAGUGUUUUUACCUGUGUCUCUUGUCUCCUUGAUUUAUCUAUUUUGAGAGAAAAAUCCACCUUAGAAGAUCUUGUGGGAGACCUUAAGAAGAAUUUCCCAGUUUUGAGCUUUGGAACAUUGCAUCCUGAUGGACAGAUAACUGUGCAAGGACCAUUUUCAGCAAUAAGAUCCCUCCAAAAUAAGCUUUUGUUAAAAUUAUGCAGUUCUGUUUCAGAAGCAGAAGUUAAGCCUCGGAGAAGAGAGAACACAACAGAUCCCAGGCCUAAUACCAGGCUAGCAAAAACUGACUUAUCCUUAGAAGUAAGCAAUAAAUUUGUUCAAAGCACCAAAAAAGAGGGAUUAAUUGUUGCGCUUGACACUGAUAUAUAUCUCUACAUGAAAACAUUCCAAGAAAAGAUGUAUCAAGAGAGUCUAAAAAAAUGUGGGGUUAUCAGUCACGUGUUCAGAGAUGGUGAGGUUACCACAAUCUGUUUUGACAAUGACCCUGCUAGCCCAAGUGUUGGCCAGUUAGAACUAGCCAAAAAUACAGUUGAAGACUUGGCAGCAAGUUUACAAAGCUGUUUGCGCAAAGAAAGAUUGUCCCUAGAAGGAUCUAGUAGAGCUGAGAAACGUCAACAUGAACAGGCAUGUGAGAGUGUAAGCUCACAGUACCCCCGUGUUCUGGUUCUUCCGUACUCAACUCACAUAGAUAUUAUAGGAACGUCUUCUGACAUUUAUGAGUUUAUGCAGCAAGUUAAUAAAAUGCUAGGGCGUCUCUGAAAAGAACGCUGGAGAUAGUUGCCGGAUUUCUUCGGGCAGGCCUAAUGUUACAUUCAAUAUGUGGUUGCCACUGAAAAUGUAAGCCUUGAGUUGACUUAAGGUACACCUACCUAAGUUGGAGUGUUACCACAUCACGUGUUUCUGUUGCAGUAUCACUGCAUUAGUUGACGGGGUGGGAGAAUGACAGAACUAAAUGUCCCCAAAUGAGUAUACAGAUGACUAUACAGGACAGUCCCAUGCAAGACUGACAUUUUAAGCAGCAAUGCCGUGUUGAAUGUAAUGGCUAAUUCUGCCAAUAAAGCAUGCUCUGAAACAUCUCAAGAAUGACAAUGAAUGAACAGCAGUUGGUCAUCAGAAGGGAUAAAAGCUGUAUAGCUUAGCAUGUUUUUUUUUUUUUAAAGAUGACUUGUUCUUUUGUUUCCGUCCCUUAUGACCUCA